AUGAACAGCGAAGCUGAACAUACAGUGAACAAAGAAUGUGAGUAUAAAAGGGACUCAGAACGGAACCUGAUGGCAGUCUUCAUCAAAAUGACUGAAUCACUUGCGCAUAUUUCGAGUUGUGUUUCAGUGAUCGCGAUUGCAACAUGCUUCUUUUUCGUACCGUACCUCAUGAAUCGUAUGGAUCAGAUUCGUGAUGGUCUUUCGGUGAAAAUGGAUCAAUUCAAGGUGUUGGAACAAGAAGUAUGGGGUGAGAUGAUGCACACUCGUCAGAAUGUACCACGAGCACGUAAAGAACGCGGUGUUGAGCCAGUGUGCAACUGCGACUCAGUUGACCGAUGCCCACCUGGGCCACCAGGAAAACCUGGAAAACCUGGCCAUCCAGGUGCACCUGGAAAGCCGGGAGCUCGAGGACCACCGGGCGUGCCAGGAAUCGUUCCACCACUCGAUUUCACACCUGCAACUGGAUGCAAGCAAUGCCCACCGGGACCAGCUGGACCACCUGGACCACCUGGACAAAUUGGUCCACAAGGCGAGAAAGGACCUCCUGGAAUUCCAGGAAUGGAUGGUCGCCCAGGUCAAAACGGACCUCCAGGACCAAUGGGACCAAUCGGACCUGCCGGACCAGAUGGAAAGCAAGGUGAACCUGGUCCACCAGGAAUGGAUGGUACUGUCGGUAGCAAGGGACCACGAGGACCACCCGGACCACCUGGCAAUCCCGGACAAAAGGGACAACAAGGACCACCAGGCAAUCCCGGUCGCCCAGGCUCGCCUGGAACAACUGGACCCCAAGGAGAGCCUGGAAUACCCGGAACACCUGGACAGCACGGACAACCAGGACCAGCUGGGCCUCCAGGAACGCCCGGCAAGGAUGCGCACUAUUGCCCAUGCCCGAAGAGAGUCAUGUCGAAAUUGGUCAGAAAAUCGAGAAAGAGAUUUCAUUAA